AAGGAUUACCAUGGAGCCGCUGUCACCUCAAUUUUCCAGGGUAAUGCCGAGUCUAGAUCACUAGCGCCUUGAAUCUAGAGGUUUCGAAAAGCCUUUUGCUCCAUAAUAAUAAUCUUGUAUCGUAUGUGCCCCAUACUCCGUACAUACAUAUUACUGUACUAUUAUUAUUCCGCAUUUUGUUGUACUCCGUACACACUUUUCACCUUUUCUGUUCUCUUUCCCACACCGACCUCACUUCCCCCUCAAUAUGGUCGAGCUCAGAAAGCGCAAAGCACCUAUACAGCCUAAUAUCACAGAGACAAAAGGCAAGAGAGGCAAGAAAGAAGAGACAUCUUCCUCAGAUCGCCAGACGAGAAAAACGAACGAUGCCACAAACGCUGAUUCACUUGCUGGAGUUCCCAAUGUCGGCGAUACCAUUGCUCUGGACGGAUUCGGUGGCGAAAUUGAGACAAAUGACGGCACGAAAACAAAUCUUAAAGAGCUUGUAGCGACAAGCAAAUCUGGUGUUGUUCUAUUUACCUAUCCAAAAGCAUCAACCCCUGGUUGCACAAAGCAAGCUUGUCUGUUUCGCGACAAGUACAAUCAUUUGACAUCAACUGGACUAUCAAUUUACGGUCUGUCAGCCGAUUCGCCCAGGGCAAAUACUACAUUCAAGUCCAAGCAAACUUUACCCUAUCCUCUCCUUUGCGAUACCAGCGCUACAUUGAUUAGCGCCAUUGGAUCCAAGAAAGUACCGAAAGGUACCGUCAGAGGCGUCUUCUCUGUGGAUAAACAAGGUAAGGUCUUGCUUCGCCAGGCCGGUGGUCCAGAUGCGACAGUCGAUGCUGUGCAAAAACUGGUUCCUGCGGAGCAGGUCGAAGGAACCCCCAAAACGGAUGCUGAAGCACAGGGCAAGGAUGAGGAUUAGAAGGGCAAGGGAGUAUUUGGAGGGAGAAGAGAAAGAAAAAAAAAAAAAAGAGGUAGCUCAUGAAUUGUUCUACAUCUGUCUCAAUAUACAGUACUAGUAUUCCAGUGUGAGAUUCACCAAAUAGUGGUCUCUUUACAUCAUGUCUGGUUCUCAACGAUGCGGUGUUCAUAAUAAUAAUUAUAAUAAUAGAUGUGUAUAUAGUACUCCGUAGAUCAGGAUGCUUAGAAUUCACUGCAUGCCUGUUCGCUGUCCGUGCGGGUGGAAAUACCAUUGUUCCGCUCGUGGCGUCGGCUAUCAGCGCUUCCUAAUGAAUGUCCGCCGUAUCACACUACAAGUUACUGGACAUCUCGACUUUGG